CAACCAUCAAAGAUGUUUUUUUUUCUUUUUUUUUUUCGAGUUUAUUUUGGCUUCUUAUGAAUUUUUUGUCAAUUUUAAACGUGUACCAUGACUGUAACGGAUAACCAAUUGGCUCGCUCUGUUCUCAAUUCUUGGUUUAAUGAUAUUUGAUAAUGCAUCUCAGUAAUUUCUGGCUAAUUUAACGUUGAGGUGCAAAAUGAGGCCAACGGUGAUUAGCACCAAGAAAGACAAAUAUGGAUACACGGAUGGUGUACUUCCAUCGCGUGUUAAAUCAGAAGUUGAUGAGUUCUGUUAUGCCCUUGGGGGAAAGCAGCCUAUCCAUAGUAUCUUAAUUGCAAACAAUGGUAUGGCUGCAAUAAAGUUUAUAAGUAGUAUUAGGACAUGGGCUUAUGAGACAUUUGGCACAGAGAAGGCGGUUUUGUUGGUGGCAAUGGCUAAACCCGAGGAUUUAAGAAUAAAUGCUGAGCACAUUAAAAUGGCUGAUCAGUUUGUACAAGUCCCUGGUGGGGCAAAUAACAACAACUAUGCAAACGUGCAGCUUAUUGUUGAGACGGCGGAGAGAAGUCAUGUUGAUGCAGUUUGGCCUGGUUGGGGUCAUGCAUCUGUAAAACCUCAACUGCCUGAUGCAUUGAGAGAGAAGGGGAUCAUUUUCUUGGGCCCAACUGCUAGAUCAGUGGAAGCAUUGGGAGACAAAAUCGGGUCAUUAUUGAUUGCUCAAGCUGCCAAAGUACCCACCCUUCCGUGGACUGGCUCCCAUGUAAGAGUUCCUCCGGAGAGCUGCUUGGUCAAUGAAAUAUACUCAAAAGCAUGUGUUUUCACAACAGAAGAAGCAAUUGCUAGCUGUCAAAAUGUAGGUUACCCUGCAAUGAUCAAGGCAUCUUGGGGACGUGAUGGAAAAGGCGUAAGAAAGGUUCACAACAAUGAUGAAGUUAGAGCACUAUUCAAGCAGGUUCAGGGUGAACUUCCUGGCUCCCCCAUAUUUAUAAUGAAAGUGGCUCCCCAGAGUCGACAUCUAGAAAUCCAGUUGCUUUGUGAUCAAUACGGCAAUAUUGCAUCCUUGCACAGCCGUGAUUGCAGUGUUCAAAGGCGUCACCAAAAGAUCAUUGAGGAGGGGCCAAUAACAGUUGCUCCUCUAGAGAAGGUGAAAGAACUUGAGCAGGCUGCUAGAAGACUGGCUAAAUGUGUCAAUUACAUUGGAGCUGCCACUGUCGAGUACCUUUACUAUAUGGACACAGGAGACUACUAUUUCCUCGAACUCAACCCACGAUUACAGGUGGAACACCCUGUAACUGAAUGGAUUGCAGAUAUAAAUUUGCCAGCAGCCCAAGUUGCUGUAGGAAUGGGGAUUCCAUUAUGGCAAAUUCCAGAAAUAAGGCGAUUAUAUGGAAUGGCACAUGGCGGAGGAUAUGAUGGUUGGAGAAAAACAUCAAUUGUUGCAACACCAUUUGAUUUUGACAAGGCUGAGACAACGAGGCCGAGAGGUCAUUGUGUGGCUGUUCGUGUAACUAGCGAGGACCCUGAUGACGGUUUCAAGCCUACCAGUGGUGAAGUACAAGAGCUGAGUUUUAGGAGCAAGCCGAACGUGUGGGCAUACUUCGCUGUCAAGUCUGGUGGAGGCAUUCAUGAGUUUUCAGACUCUCAGUUUGGACAUGUUUUCGCAUUUGGAGAAUCCAGAGCCCUAGCCAUUGCAAACAUGGUCCUUGGAUUGAAGGAAAUUCAGAUACGUGGGGAGAUUCGCACAAAUGUUGAUUGCAUGAUUGAUUUGUUGCAUGCUUCUGAUUAUAGAGCGAAUAAAAUACACACAGGCUGGUUGGAUAGUAGAAUCGCCAUGAGGGUUAAAGCAGAAAGAUCUCCUUGGUAUCUUUCUGUCAUUGGGGGAGCUCUUUAUAAAGCUUCUUCAAGUAGUUCAACCAUUGUUUCUGAAUAUAUUGAUUAUCUUGAAAAGGGUCAAAUCCCGUCCAAGCAUAUUUCUCUUGUGAACUCUGAAGUCUCUCUAAAUAUUGAAGGGAGCAAGUAUAGAAUCAAUUUGAUGAAGGGAGGGCCAGGAAGCUAUAUGUUGAGGAUGAAUCAAUCAGAGAUUGGAGCAGAUAUACAUACUCUGCGCGAUGGAGGACUACUAAUGCAGCUGGAUGGAAAUAGUCAUGUUAUAUAUGCAGAUGAGGAAGCAGCUGGAACUCGUCUUAUCAUUGACGGGAGAACUUGCUUGCUGCAGAAUGAUCAUGAUCCAUCAAAGCUUGUUGCAAAGACACCCUGCAAGCUUUUGAGAUAUUUGAUAUCUGAUGGUAGUCAUGUUGAUGCUGACACACCUUAUGCAGAGGUUGAGGUUAUGAAAAUGUGCAUGCCCCUCCUUGCACCCGCCUCCGGAGUUAUCCAAUUUAAGAUGUCUGAAGGUCAAACAAUGCAGGCUGGUGAGCUCAUAGCAUCUCUUGAUCUUGACGACCCUUCAGCUGUUAGAAAAGCAGAGCCUUUUCAUGGAAAGUUUCCGCUUCUGGGACCUCCAUCUGCCAUAUCAGGAAAAGUUCACCAGAGAUGCGCUGCAAGUCUCAAUGCAGCAAGGAUGGUUCUUGCUGGAUAUGAGCAUAACGUCGAUGAAGUGAUUCAAAACUUGCUUAGUUGCCUGGACAGUCCUGAGCUUCCUUUCCUGCAGUGGCAAGAAUGCUUAGCCGUGCUGGCAACAAGACUUCCCAAGGACCUGCGGUAUGAGUUGGAAACAAAAUGUAAGGAGUAUGCCUGCUUGCAAAAUGUUGACUUUCCGGCCAGAGUUCUGAGAGGUGUUGUAGAUGAACACUUAAGAUCCUGCCCUGAUAAAGAAAAAGAUGCUCAAGAAAGAUUAAUUGAACCUCUGCUGAGUCUUGUCAAGUCCUAUGAGGGUGGAAGAGAGAGUCAUGCCUGUGGAAUAGUCCACUCCCUUUUUGAAGAGUAUCUAUUUGUUGAAGAAUUGUUUAGUGACAACAUCCAGGCUGAUAUAACUGAACACCUCCGACCUCAAUAUAAGAAAGAUCCCCUGAAGGUUGUUGACUUAGUGCUUUCUCAUCAGGGUCUUCAGCGUAAAAAUAAGUUUAUACUCUGUCUGAUGGAGAAAUUGGUAUAUCCAAAUCCCGCAGCUUACAGGGAUAAGCUAAUCCGUUUUUCUUCACUCAACCAUACAAAAUAUUCUGAGUUGGCACUGAAGGCAAGUCAACUUUUAGAACAAACUAAACUGAGUGAACUACGGUCAAGCAUUGCCAGAAGUCUUUCUGAGUUGGAGAUGUUCACCAAAGAAGGUGGCAAUAUAGAAACUCCUAAGCAGAAAGGUGCCAUCAAUAAAAGAAUGGAAGCUCUAGUCAGUGCUCCGUUAGCCGUUGAAGAUGCACUUGUAGGCCUUUUUGAUCAUUGUGAUCACACCCUUCAGAGGAGGGUGGUGGAGACUUACGUUCGAAGACUGUAUCAACCUUACCUUAUUAAAGGGAGUGAGAGGACGCGGUGGCACAGAUCUGGACUGAUAGCUACAUGGGAGUUCUUGGCAGAGCCGUCUGGACCAUUAUUUGAAAAACACAGUGAAAGGAAAUGUGGAGUGAUGCUAAUAAUCAAAUCUCUCCAACUCUUGCCAGCAGUAUUAACUGCUGCAUCGACGGAAACAGUGCACAACUUGCACACACAUAUGUCAAAUGGAUCCAUUCAACCAGCUUAUCAUGGUAACAUGCUGCACAUUGCAUUACUGGGCAUCGACAAUGAAAUGAGUUUGCUUCAGGAUAGUGGGAAUGAAAAUGAGGUUCAAGCAAGGAUAAAAAAGUUAGCCGAAAUACUAAGAGAGCAAGAUGUGAGGAUCGGUCUAAGUAAUGCAGGUUUUUCGGUUAUUAGUUGUAUCAUACAGAGAGAUGAAGGGCGGCUUCCUAUGAGGCACUCCUUUCACUGGUCAACAGAGAAGCUUUAUUAUGAGAAGGAGCCUCUGUUGUGUCAUCUGGAACCUCCGCUUUCCAUUUACCUCGAUUUGCACAAGAUUAAGGGCUAUGAUAAUGUAAAGUACAUACCAUCCGGGAACAGUCAAUGGCACCUCUAUUAUGUUGUAGAAAAACAGACUCAUCCAAUUCAGAGGAUGUUUCUCCGAACACUUGUAAGACAACCUACAUCAGAUGAAGACUUAAUAGCUUGUCAAGUAUUGGAUCAGGGAACAAUUCCAUCCCCUUUGGUUUUGUCGUUUACUUCAACGAGCAUUUUGAGGUCCUUAGUAUCUGCAUUGGAGGAGCUUGAACUUAAUCUGCAUGAUACAACACUCAAAUAUGACCAUGCUCAUAUGUACUUGUACAUUUUACGAGAGCAACAGACAGCUGAUCUGUUACCAUACUACAAGAGGGCAGACCUAAACAGUGAGAAUGAAGAAGAUUGUGUUGAGAAGAUUUUGGUAGAGUUGGCUCACGAAAUUAAUGCAAUUGUUGGUGUAAGGAUGCUUAGGUUAGGUGUAUGUGAGUGGGAAGUGAAACUCCGGAUAUCGUCUGCAGGAGAAGCCAAUGGUGCUUGGAGGGUUAUAAUUGCAAAUGUGACAGGCCACACCUGCAUAGUACAUAUCUAUCGAGAAGUUGAGGAUAAAGCUGAACAAAGAGUAGUCUAUCAGUCAGUGUCUGUCCAUGGUCCUUUACAUGGUGUGGCUGUUACUGCACCUUAUCCACCAUUGUCUCUGCUUGACCAGAAACGAAUUUUGGCCCGGAAGAGCAACACUACGUACUGCUAUGAUUUCCUACUGGCCUUUGAAGUAGCCUUGGAGAAGUCUUGGGCAACAGUAAAAGAUAAGCCUAUGGGUAAGACCCUCCUGAAAGUCACAGAAUUAGCUUUUGCUGACCAAAUAGGUACUCCUCUUUUCUCUGUGGAGCGUCAGCCUGGGCUCAAUGAUGUCGGCUUGGUGGCAUGGGUUAUGGAAAUGUCUACUCCUGGGUUUCCAAAGGGAAGGAAAAUUCUUGUUGUAGCAAAUGAUGUAACCUUGAGAAAUGGAACUUUUGGUCCAAGAGAGAUUGAAUUUUUCCAAGCAGUUACUGAUGUUGCUUGCACCCAGAAAUUGCCAUUUAUUUAUUUGGCAGCAAAUUCAGGUGCUCGUAUCGGUGCUGCCGAGGAGGUCAAAUCUUGCUUUAGAGUUGGAUGGUCAGAUGAGUCGAUUCCUGAGCGAGGUUUUCAGUAUGUAUACUUGACACCUGAGGAUCACGAACGGAUUAAAUCUUCUGUCAUAGCACAUGAAUUAAAGUUAUCAAAUGGAGAAAUCCGAUGGGUAAUAGAUACCAUUAUAGGGAAAGAGGAUGGCCUGGGAGUUGAGAACUUAAGUGGUAGUGGAUCCAUUGCAAGUGCAUAUUCGCGGGCAUACCAUGAAACAUUUACAUUGACAUAUGUAGCUGGAAAAAUUGUGGGCAUAGGUGCAUAUCUUGCUCGUCUUGGCCUGCGGUGUAUACAGAGGCUUGAUCAGCCUAUUAUUUUAACUGGUUAUUCUGCACUUAACAAACUUUUGCGCCGGGAAGUGUAUACCUCCCACAUGCAACUUGGUGGACCUAAAACCAUGGCAGCUAAUGGUGUUGCUCAUCUGACUGUCUCAGAUGACCUCGAGGGGGUAUCUGCGGUAUUGACAUGGUUGAGCUUUGUUCCCCCAUAUUCUGGUGGUCAACUUCCUAUUUCAACUCCUUUGGAUCCUCCAGAGAGACCUAUUGGGUAUUUCCCCGAGACCACAUGUGAUCCACGAGCAGCAAUCUCUGGCUUCAUAGAUGCUGCCAGUGGAAAGUGGUUGGGAGGCAUUUUUGACAAGGAUAGCUUUGUUGAGACACUGGAAGGCUGGGCAAGGACCGUUGUGACAGGACGGGCAAGACUUGGAGGAAUCCCUGUCGGAAUAGUUGCUGUUGAGACUGAAACUCUGAAGCAAGUAAUCCCUGCUGAUCCUGGACAACUCGAUUCUCAUGAAAGGAUUGUACCUCAAGCAGGGCAAGUAUGGUUUCCCGACUCUGCAACUAAGACAGCUCAAGCAUUGAUGGACUUCAACAGGGAGGAGCUACCUCUUUUCAUUCUUGCCAACUGGCGGGGAUUUUCAGGUGGCCAAAGGGACCUGUUUGAAGGUAUCCUCCAGGCUGGAUCAAGCAUUGUCGAGAACCUUAGGAAUUACAAACAGCCUGUUUUUGUCUACAUCCCUAUGAUGGGUGAACUACGCGGUGGGGCAUGGGUGGUUAUGGAUAGUAAGAUUAAUUCAGACCAUAUUGAAAUGUAUGCGGAAAGAACAGCUAAGGGAAACGUCCUCGAGCCUGAAGGUAUGAUUGAGUUUAAAUUUCGGAAGAAAGAACUGCUAGAGUGCAUGGGUAGGCUUGACCGACAGCUUAUCAAUCUCAAGUCAAAUCUUCAGGAGGAAAGGGCUGCUGCUACGAUUGAAUCCAUACAGCAGCAAAUAAAAGCACGUGAGGAUCAGCUUUUGUCAGUAUACACACAGAUAGCAAAGAAGUUUGCAGAAUUACAUGAUACACCAUUAAGAAUGGCUGCAAAGGGGGUGGUGAGAGAAGUGUUACAUUGGGAAAAUUCUCGUUCUUUCUUUUACAGGAGAUUGCGCAGAAGAAUUGAGGAGGAUAUGCUGAUCAAAACUGUGAGGGAUGCUGGGGGAGACCAGCUUUCUUACAAAUCAGCAAAGGAUAUGUUGAAAAGGUGGUUUAUGGAUUCAAAAGGAGGCAGAGAAGAUGCUUGGGCAGAUGAUAAAGCAUUCUUCUCAUGGAAGAAUGAUCCCAAGAACUAUGAUGAAAGGCUACAACAGUUGCGAGUGCAGAAAGUGUUAAUUCAACUAUCCAAAAUUGGUGAUUCGACAUUGGAUUUACGAGCUCUACCACAAAGUGUUCUUGCACUCCUACAAAAGGUAGAGCCGGCGACCAGAGAGAAAUUGAUCAAUGAUCUAAGGAAAGUUCUUAAUUGAUCAAACAGAUAACAAGUUGACUGCCAUUUGGUUAUGCUCCUCGGACAGUUUGCUGCUGAACCUUAAAGCUGCUAAGGCAGUCACCACUUAACCUCUACCAUGCAGUGAUGGUUCUCUCUUCAAACUGAUAAUAAGUCGGAGGAUGGUAACCACACUGCUCUGGAAUAUGUGAAUCAACCCGUUCCUAUUGUUGCUGGGCUUUCGGUUUGAGCGCAGAAAGUAAACUAGAGAACAGUUAUUGCUAUAAGCCGGAAGUGAUGCUUCAAAUGCAAUUUUGGAAUGAGGAUGCGACUUGAUUCCCAACACUAUCUAUCAUUCUAGACAAGAAGACUCAUCACUAUCUUCCAAAGCGGCUUCAAGAAGUUUGUCGUGCACAAUGAAUGUGAGCUUGAGCUUUUAAUGUUGCAUCACAGAUUACCACGCAGAGAUUGCAUAUAAUGUGUUUACAUGGAAGAGGAAGAUGAUAAAAUAAAGCGAGCAGCUCAACUUGAUAUUGCAGUAACCAACAAGCUUUCUAGGAGUUGCCAAGGAAGUGAAUGAGCAUAUUCGCUCCUCUAGUGGAGGAUCAUUAUGUCAUGGAGUGUCAGUGGUGUAUGCUUCUUGCUAUCAAGUUCUACACCAGAAAAGUGCAUCAACAGGAAAUAUAGGAGUAGUGUUGUCAAGCACUUUUCUAAUUCUAGCUGACAAGUGGUUGUGUCAUGCGUGGCGAUCUAGCCCUUUGACUACCCAACCUAGUCCCCAGUACUGUUUUCCGAUAAAGUCUUCAUACUAAAAACUUGUACUUCAAAUAUUUUUUCAGUCCUAGUAAGGUACGACU